AUGCCUGUGUGUGUAUUAUAUAUUUACAUUUAUAGUUCGCGUGGAAUGGCUUCUCAUGUCAAACAAAAGUACAGCCCAUUAGACUGGACUGAAUGCUUUGAUACUCGGGAAAUCAUCACUAUUCCUGGUACACUUGACAUAUCCUUUUUAUUCUUCUUAGGCUUACAAAUUAACCCAUGUCAAAAAAUUGAGGCAACAGUAGAUACACCAGGCCCGGUUUUCCUUCUCCAUCAUGGUGCAGGAAGCAGUGCGCUAUCUUUUGGAUUCACGGCCAAACACAUUAAAGAAUUCACUCACGGAAAAUGCUCUAUUGUAGCCUAUGAUUGUAGAGGCCAUGGAAACACAAAGACAGAAGAAGACACUGAUUUCUCUCAGGCACGCCUAAGUGAUGAUUUGGUACUUGUAGCAGAAACAUUGUACCAAGGCAAUGUGCCUGACAUAAUCUUAGUAGGUCACAGUAUGGGUGGUCCUAUUGUGGUUGAUGUGACCCAACGAAAAAGACUGCCGCACAUCCUGGGUGUCUCGGUAUUGGAUGUGGUUGAAGGAUCGGCUAUAGAAGCAUUGGUGUCUAUGAAUAGUUACUUGGCUACACGUCCCACAUUUUUUACUUCGGUAGAGCAAGCAAUCCAAUGGAGUGUCAAAUCACACACUGUUCGCAAUGUCGAGUCUGCUAGGCUUUCAAUUCCUCCUCUUCUUAAACCACAGGAAGAUCAUCCCUCUCAAUAUGUGUGGAGAACAGAUUUGAGAAACACCGAACUCUACUGGACAGAUUGGUUUACAGGACUUUCGACCAAAUUCUUGGCUUGUGCGGCUGCAAAGCAGCUCAUUUUGGCAGGCACAGAUCGAUUGGACAAGACUCUUAUCAUAGGUCAGAUGCAAGGUAAAUUUCAAUUGCAUAUCUUCCCUGAGGCCGGUCAUUUCUUGCAAGAAGAUGCUCCCUCAAAGACAGCCCACUGUUUGGUUGAAUUCUGGGAAAGAAACCAACGCCUUGUUCUACCUCCAAAAGUCAAGAUAUAAUCUCAAAAAUAAAUAAAUCAUAUAAUU